AUGGUUUCCAUCAACCUGGGCAGGUUAAUGCCCAAUGUCGGGGGGCCAGACAUGAAGGCACGUCGCCUCCACGCAGAAGUAUUGAAUUCGGUGGCCAUGUACGGAGCACCGGUGUGGGCCGAGUCGCUGGCCGCCAGUCGCCCGAUGCAAGCGCGGUUGCGCAGAGUGCAAAGGGGACUGGCGGUCAGGGUAGCGAGAUGCUACCGGACCGUCUCCUGCGUGGUGGCGACAGUCCUGGCGAGCAUGCCCCCUAUGGAGCUCGUGGCCCUGUCGUACAAACGCAUGUACGACAGGAAGCGCGAGCUCCUAAGAACAGGGGGGGCGGACGUACCGCUCGCCAGGACAAUAAGGGAAAUGAAGCACCAGACUCGACGGAUCCUCCUCGAAAGAUGGCAGAGGUAUCUGGCCAAUGCCAGGUACGGGAGGAGGACCGUCGAGGCCGUCCGGCCCUUCCUGCUCGAGUGGGUGGGAAGGGCCCAUGGGGCCCUGACUUUCAGGGCGGCGCAGGUGCUCACCGGGCAUGGCUGCUUCGAUGAGUCUAUAUUCACAAACCAUGGUGGCGUUAAUCGACAUAACAUGCAUUACUGGAGUGUAGAAAAUCCCCAUUGGUUACGACAAGUUGAACAUCAACGUCCGUGGAACUACCACCACUACUUGAUGAUGUUGCCUUGGACGUUCGACAAAUGCCUGCUGACAGGCAAUAUUAGCAGAUUUGCAGCAGAAACAGUGUCUGUAGUGAUCUGA